UUUCAAUGCGCAUUACAACGUGAAGGACAUGACAGAGCUCAAGUGGCUGUUCGAAGAGCUCAAUGGAAUCUCUUACAGGCCCAUUCUCUCUGGGGUUAAAUGAGGGGUUUUAUGGCGCACGCGAAUUCUAUUCCAGGUAUGAUCCUGGCCUUGGAUCGCAGCGGACGAUCUUUCCCUGGAAUCUGGAGCCGCAGAGAGCUCGCAUUUUCGAUGCUCGCGCUUCCUAUUGUAGCGCCGCCUCCAGCUGCAGCUCGGGCAGAGCAGGAGGCUAGUGUCAAGAAGGAGGAGAGCUUGCUGGAUGGGAUUCUGUCGGUGUUUGAUCCAAACGAGACGACGAAGUCCGGGAAGAAGCUGCCAAAGAGCUACCUCAAGGCGGCCCGGGAUGUAGUGAAGAAUUUGCGCGAGGCUUUGCAGAAGGAUCCAGCCAAGGAGGAGCAGAAGUUCCGUGAGGCUGCAAACACUGCCAAGGAUUCCAUUCGGGAGUACCUCACGAAAUGGAAAAAUUCCAAAGAGGUCCAAGAACAAAGCUCGUAUCAAGUUUUGGAAAAAGCUUUGCGGCAGCUUGGGAGUUUCUACUUGAAAUCUGGACCAACAGCGGUUAUGCCAGACGAUAUCAAGUCAGAGAUUUUGCAAAACCUUAGCAAUGCCGAGGCAGAUUUGUAACGAAGCUUUUUUA